AUGAAUAUCUUGCCUAUUGGCUUGCAGCAUAGACUUAGUGUAUGGCUCGCGUCGCGCACGGUCCAUUUGAACACGGGAUCCUCAUAUUUCCCAGAACAGUUCCUGCUUGGAGCGACAUUUGCUUCUCGCAGAGCACUGAAUGUCUUGUCACAGCACCUUAGUCAUCCAGACGACAGCACAAAGGACGAACUCGAAAACAUGAUGAGCAUUGACCUGUUGGACCGAUACACUAGAGCCGCCAAAGAAUGCCUGACAGGCGACGAAGAAAUCAGCAUCAAUUUGCCACAAAUAUACGACGCAAACCUGGGGGACGUCUGGGUCACAUUGGGAAACUCCACUGCAUUUACUCACCCGCGACAAUAUGAAGUGCUUGAAUGGAUGACGCUCAAGUUGUGCUUAAAGAACUCUGGCGUGGACGCGGAAGAAGAGUCAUUCAAGGAUUACCGGGCCCGUAUUGCACGGGGAUUGAUGGAAGGGGUGCACAUUAAGGUUGAUGUGGAAGUGGAUGCUGACGUGGUGUACAAGAUCACUCGUGGAGACGAGACGCUUUUGUAUGACGAAGGCCGACGGACGCUGCUUGUGCAGUUCGAGACGCCUUACUUUGAACCAGCACAUAAAAUGGUUUCCGGACGUGACCCUGAGAAUGGAGAGCCUAUCAACGACUGGUCCUGGCGUAUUUCUGAUUUUGAUCAACUAAUUACCAAAGAAAAGCUAGACAAUGAAGAAAUGAUUUCAUAG